AUGAUCGAGGACACCACCGAGCACGUCCUCCGCUUCGAGGUUCCCGAGAUGCUUGAGAGGGACCGAUUUUCGUGGUUCAGAGACGAGGAGUUCGCAAGGCAGACGCUCGCCGGGCUCAACCCUAUCUGCAUCCGCCGCCUCACGGAAUUCCCCAUCGUGAGCAAGCUCGACCCGGCGGUGUACGGGCCGGCGGAGUCGGCGCUGACCAAGGAGGUCCUGGAGAAGAUGAUGAACGGGCGGAUGACGGUGGAGGAGGCGGUGGAGAAGAAGCGGCUGUUCCUGCUGGACUACCACGACGUGUUCCUGCCGUACGUGCACAGGGUGCGCGAGCUGCCGGACACGACGCUGUACGGGUCCCGCACCGUCUUCUUCCUGAGCGAGGAGGGCACGCUGAUGCCGCUGGCCAUCGAGCUGACGCGGCCGCAGUCGCCGACCAAGCCGCAGUGGAAGCGCGCCUUCACGCACGGCCCCGACGCCACCGAGUCGUGGCUGUGGAAGCUGGCCAAGGCGCACGUGCUGACCCACGACACCGGCUACCACCAGCUGGUCAGCCACUGGCUGCGCACGCACGCCUGCGUCGAGCCCUACAUCAUCGCCACCAACCGGCAGCUCAGCCGGAUGCACCCGGUGCACCGCCUGCUGCACCCGCACUUCCGCUACUCCAUCGAGCUCAGCUCCGUCGCCUACGGCGCGGCCUGGCAGUUCAACACGGAGGCGCUGCCGGAGGACCUCGUCAGCCGGGGGCUGGCCGUGCGCAGGGACGACGGCGAGCUCGAGCUCGCCAUCAAGGACUACCCGUACGCCGACGACGGGCUGCUCAUCUGGGGCUCCAUCAAGCAGUGGGCGUCCGACUACGUGGACGUCUACUACAAGUCGGACGAGGACGUGGCCGGCGACGAGGAGCUGCAGGCGUGGUGGGAGGAGGUGCGCACCAAGGGGCACGCGGACAAGAAGGACGAGCCGUGGUGGCCCGUGUGCGACUCCAAGGAGAACCUCGUCCAGAUCCUCACCAUCAUCAUGUGGGUCACGUCCGGCCACCACGCCGCCGUCAACUUCGGGCAGUACCAUUACGCCGGGUACUUCCCCAACCGUCCGACGGUGGUGCGGAGGAACAUCCCGGUGGAGGAGAGCCGGGACGACGAGAUGAAGAAGUUCAUGGCCAGGCCGGAGGAGGUGCUGCUGCAGAGCCUCCCCUCGCAGAUGCAGGCCAUCAAGGUGAUGGCGACGCUGGACAUCCUCUCCUCGCACUCCCCCGACGAGGAAUACAUGGGAGAGUACGCCGAGCCGGCGUGGCUGGCAGAGCCCAUGGUGAAGGCGGCAUUCGAGAAGUUCAGUGGCAGGCUCAAGGAGGUGGAGGGCACCAUCGACCAGCGAAACAACAACCCGGAUAACAAGAACAGGUGUGGCGCCGGCAUCGUGCCGUACGAGCUGCUCAAGCCGUUCUCAGAACCAGGGGUCACUGGGAGGGGCAUCCCCAACAGCAUCUCCAUCUGA